CCCGGGGCGGCGCGGGCGGGGCGGGCCCGCGCUCCGGGCGGCGGCGGCGGCGGCGUCGGCCGGGCCCGCGCCAUGAGCAUCGAGACGCUGCUGGAGGCGGCGCGGUUCCUGGAGUGGCAGGCGCAGCAGCAGCAGACCGCACGUGAGGAGAAUGAGAAGCAUGAGAAGCUGUGCCUGGAGAGGGAGCAGGAGCAGAAGAAGGCGGGCAAGGCCAGCGUGCCCCGGGCCAACAGCGCCGUGUCCCCCGAGGAGCCGCGGAGCGAAGUGCUGGUGCCCAUCUCCCCGCCGGGCCCGGUGCCCCUGCCGCCCCCGCCGCUGGCAGCUCCCAUCUCCGUCAUCCCCAUCCCAGUGGUCAGCAGCUCCCCGCAGCAGGCGGCCCAGGCCGCGCUGUCGCCGCCGCUGGUGCAGCGCCACCAGCCCCUGGCCAGCACUGCCAGCGUCCCCAAGGAAGCGCCCUCGGUGGCCCCUGUGAUCCAGCGGCCGCCGCUGCCGGACGGGAAGGCCGCGAGCCCCCCGGCGGGCAGCCCCAAGCAGCUGCAGCACUACGCAGCGCCCGUGCUGGCCAUCUCCCAGCACCAUGUGGUGCCGCAGCCCCUGCAGCCGCUGCAGCACCCGGCUGCGCCCGCGCCCCUCGGCGCGCUGAAGCUGGCGCCGGCCGACGACAUGAAACCCAUCGAGCUCAAGAAGAGAAUUGGAGGGGUUGGGACCAGGGAAGUACAUAAUAAAUUGGAGAAGAACAGACGUGCACAUUUGAAAGAGUGCUUUGAGACAUUGAAGCGCAACAUCCCCAACGUGGAUGACAAGAAGACCUCAAACCUCAGCGUCCUCAGGAGUGCCUUGCGAUACAUCCAGACUUUGAAGAGGAAGGAGAAGGAAUACGAGCACGAGAUGGAGCGGCUGGCCAGAGAGAAGAUCGCUACCCAGCAGCGGCUGGCAGACCUGAAAAACGAGCUGAGCCAGUGGAUGGAUGUCUUGGAGAUUGACAGAAUUAUCCGACAGACAGUCCAGCCAGAGGAUGACCAGGCAUCUACCUCGACAGCAUCAGAGGGUGAAGACAACAUGGACGAAGAUAUGGAAGAUGACAGGCCAGUGAACUCGUUACCAAAACUCAGCCAGCGGCAGCACCCGGAGCUGCUGAAAGCCGUCCCCCCCAGCGCUGCCGCCCCCCUGCCCGCGGUGCUGCCCCCUCACGUGUCCCUCCAGCAGAAGCCCCACGCCCAGCCCUCCCUGCAGACACAGGCCCUGGUCCCGCCGCAGGCCAUCGUCCCCGCACAGACUCACCUCGUGGCGGCCUCCACCGUGCAAUCGACUGUUAUCGCCCACACGGCCACCACCCACGCCUCGGUCAUCCAGACUGUCAACCACGUCAUCCAGGGCCCGCAGACCAAGCACAUCGCUCACAUCGCACCUUCCACGUCCAGCCCCGUGCAGCUGAGCCCCGCCCAGCCCAUCGGCCACAUCACUGUGCACCCGGCCGCCCUCAACCACAUGGCGCAGCUGGGCCCGCAGCUGCCGCUGUACCCGCAGCCCGUGGCCGUGAGCCAGCCCGUGGUGAGCCACAUCGCCCACACGCUCUCGCACCAGCCCGUCAACGGCACGGCCGCGCUGGGCCAGCCCGUGGUGGCCAAGCCGGCCGUGGGCCAGGUGGUGCAUCACCCGCAGCUGGUGGGGCAGACGGUGCUGAACCCCGUGACUAUGGUGACCAUGCCCUCCUUCCCGGUCAGCACGCUCAAGCUGGCCUAGGGGCCGCCUCGCCUGAGCAAACUCCUACAUUCCAGCCCCGGGGCGCGGGGCCGGGCUGCCCCGCCCGCAGCUCACCACGGACUGCAGAGACACUUCUCCAUGGUGAUUGUCUUUCCUUUUACGUGUAAUGAGUGAACUAUGGAUAUGAUGUUCUUAAGAAUUUCAUUUUGCCCUCUUAUGUGUUGCUUCUUUGUAGAAUAAAAAUUGCUGAUCUCUUUAUUGAGACAUUGCAUAGAAUGGGAAAAAAAAUCAUAGAAGUCUAUAUUUAUAUAUAUGUGUGUAUGUGUGUGUAUAUAUAUGUAUAUACAUAUAUAUAUAAAUAUAACAUUUGAAGGCCUUUUGUAAGGUUGAUUAUUUUGCAGGAUUAUGAGACAAAAUUCAUUUUUGGAGGAAGAAGACAGUGUCCUCUCUAAACAAGAAACUUUAAGAUAGAUGGUUUGGUGGACCAGAGUACAGUGACAAAAAAAAAAAAAAACAACCCAACAACAAACCAUGAGUCAAACCAUGUUAAAGGUAUUACUACAUUUCAAAAACCAUCUAAAAUCACUGUGACUUGUUAUGGCAUUUUAAGGAAAUUCUCUGUCCUGUCUAAUAAAAGGAAAAAGAAUACACAAA